AUGGCGUUGGGGAAUAGGUCACGCAGUAGCAGUAACAAGCGCUCGUCGUCGAGCUCUUACACAUCGACCGUUAUGGUAAUGGGGUUCGUAGCCUUGUGUGUGGUUGGUGUGUGGAUGAUGAAUUACUCUAGCGGUGGAGUUUCGACUCAAACUGCCACCACCGCGCGAACCGCCACCUCCACUUCCUCGUCGGCUACUUCCUCGGAUGAAAACAAUGCACUCGUUGAAAAUAAUAAUAAUGCAAAUGAGAAGCCAAAGGCCUUUGAAGACAAUCCGGGUGAACUUCCGGACGAUGCUAUGAAAAAUGGUGAUGGGACUAACAAAGCGGAUGCUGCUGCUAACAACGAGGCAAAGACGUCCCAAGAAACUAAACAAGAGCAAGCUGCUGCUGAAGAACAGAAAGAGGAUCAGAAGCAGCAAUUGUUCAAUCAAGCACAAUUAUCUGAGGAAAGCACUAUACCUGAAAACCAACAAGCUGUACAAACGACCACUGACCAAGAUAAGGUCAUCACUGCUGAUGAUCAACCUGGCGUGAAAAAUCAGCAACAGACAAACAAGAACAGCAGUGGAAAUGAUCAAACAAAUGUAGAGAGCAAACCUCAAGAACAACCUGCAGAAACAAAUGUUGAUCAAAACAAGCAAAACAAUAAUGCGGAAGCUUUUCAGGACCAAAAACCGGGGAAUGCAGAUCAAGCACGAGUGCAACCACAACAGCAGCAGCAGGAACAACCACAACAGCAGUCGCAAGGUGUUGAAAGAAAUGAAAAUCCACAGGAGUCCCAGAAUAAUAUUCAAGACUCCUCAAAUCAACAGCAGCAACAACAACCGCAGCAGCCUGAGAAUCAGCAUCAACAACAUAAUCAGGAACAAGAGCAACAUGACCAACAAAAACAGCAACAAUACCCUGACGAGACGAACCAUGCUCACACCCUAACAAAUGAGCCUGACCAACAAAAGCAAAACCAAGGACAACCACAACAGCAGCAGCAUCCGCAGCAGCCACUACAACAACAAGAAUCUCAUCCUCAGCGAAAGAAAGGUAAUGGUGAUCAAAACAGUAAGGCCAGCGAGUCCAACUCGGGUGACACGCUACUCAACGGCGGGGACAGCUCGGGCAUUCCGAAAGAGUCAAAGGAUUCGAAGAAGUCGUGGGGGACUCAAGCGGAUCAGUCGGAGAACGAGAAGGAGAGGCGCAAGGAUGAAAAAGAAGGUCAAGAUAGCAUCUAUGGGUACUCGUGGCAGCUUUGCAAUACGACUACGGGUCCGGAUUAUAUACCUUGUUUGGACAACACAAAGGCAAUAAAGAAGCUGCGUUCGACCAAACACUUCCAGCACCGAGAAAGGCAUUGUCCGCAGGAGGGUCCCACUUGCCUGGUUCCACUGCCGGAGGGUUACAAGACGCCGAUCGAGUGGCCGAAAAGCAGAGACAAGAUAUGGUAUCACAAUGUACCGCACACAUUGCUGGCGGAGGUGAAGGGACACCAGAACUGGGUUAAGGUGUCCGGUGAGUUGCUAACUUUUCCGGGUGGUGGGACCCAGUUCAUACAUGGUGCUCUCCUCUACAUUGAUUUCCUUCAAGACGCAGUACCGAAUCUCGCAUGGGGAAAGCGCACUCGAGUUAUACUGGACGUUGGUUGUGGUGUUGCGAGUCUUGGGGGUUAUCUUUUUGACAGAGAUGUUCUUACAAUGUCAUUUGCACCCAAAGAUGAGCAUGAAGCUCAAGUUCAAUUUGCCCUGGAAAGGGGUAUUCCUGCCAUUUCAGCUGUCAUGGGUACUCAGAGGCUGCCCUUCCCCAGCAGGGUCUUUGAUGCCGUCCACUGUGCACGAUGCAGAGUGCCUUGGCACAGCGAAGGUGGAAUGCUUCUUUUGGAAUUGAAUCGUGUUUUGAGGCCCGGGGGUUACUUCAUUUGGUCAGCCACUCCUGUUUAUGGAAAGGGCGACGAAGAUAAAGAAAUAUGGAAAGAAAUGACUGCCUUAACAAAGUCUAUGUGUUGGGAUCUUGUCGUGAUCAAGAACCACAAAGUAAAUUCAGUUGCGGCUGCUAUCUACCGGAAGCCAACCUCGAACGAAUGCUAUGAACAAAGAAAGCAAAAUCAGCCUCCUAUGUGCAAGACCGAUGAUGACCCCAACGCUGCCUGGUAUGUACCUCUGCAGGCCUGUAUGCACAGGGUUCCCGUUGACACAUCUGAGAGAGGGACUCAAUGGCCUGAUAACUGGCCUAAUCGACUGCAAACUCCUCCUUACUGGUUAAACAGCUCCCAAAUGGGUAUUUAUGGAAAACCAGCACCCCAAGAUUUUGCAAGAGAUUAUGAACACUGGAAACGUGUGAUCAACAACAGUUACAUGAAGAGUUUGGGUAUCAAUUGGUCCGGAGUCAGAAAUGUCAUGGAUAUGAGAUCUGUGUAUGGAGGGUUUGCCGCGGCUCUCAGGGAUCUUAAAGUGUGGGUGAUGAAUGUGGUGAAUGUAGAUUCUGCAGAUACUCUCCCCAUCAUAUAUGAACGGGGUCUUUUUGGAAUAUAUCAUGAUUGGUGUGAAUCUUUCAGCACCUAUCCAAGAACCUAUGACCUCGUCCAUGCAGAUCAUCUAUUUUCUUCGCUCAAAAAGAGGUGCAGACUUGCUCCAGUAAUGGCAGAAAUUGAUCGGAUUGUCAGGCCGGGAGGUAAAUUGAUUGUCCGUGAUGAAUCCAGCGCAAUUGGGGAGGUGGAGAACUUGUUGAAGUCUCUGCACUGGGAGGUUCACCUGACCUUCUCCAAAAACCAAGAAGGAAUGCUUAGUGCACAGAAAGGCAAUUGGCGGCCAACCAUAUUGGCAGAUAGUUCUUAA